CACCGCCGCCGCUAUGUGGGCGUGACACACCGGCUUACAAGUAACAACCAAACCAGCUAGUCAGCGCUGAGUGCAAGUCAUCCUGACCACAUCAUUUUGACAGUGCCGGUGGGGGUCUGUGCUGCAGUGUGCUUGUCCAGCAGUCAGUGACGGAGUGACAACACUACUGAUGUCACAUUUCACCGCGGCCAACUAAAUAGUUUAGCAGCUUGUUAGCCUAGCGUCCGAGAGCACAUGGAUUCUCAAAACACUACCAACACUGAGGCGAAGAUGCUGCUGAGCCACGCGAAGACCUUCCGGCUCCACACCGGGAAUCUGGUCAACCGAAGCCGCCUGAAAAAGAAGUGUCCGGGCUCUCCCAGCGAGGAGCUUCGAGACUGCAUUCAAGCCUCGCUGAGCGAAUGGAUUUCCACGACAAAGCUGUCAUCCAAGGACUUGACUGACACACUGGAGUUCUCCAUACCAGAGGCAACAGACGCAAUCACACCUGAAGAGAGAGAGGAGUUGAAGGUUUCAGUCAAGCUGUUCCUGCAUGAGUCUGGUCAGUCUUCCAUCAAAGACGCAGUGGAGAUGGCCUGUCAGACGCUGGCAGUGUCCCAGCUUGACUCUGUUAUCAUUGCUCCGCCCGGGCCCUCAGACGGCGACAGCCAAAGUUUGGCCCACCUUCAGCCAGCCUGGGAGGAGCUGGAGGCUCUGGUUAGAAGCAAGCAGAUCGCCGCUAUUGGCACCUCUGACCUGGACAAAGAUCUGCUGGAACAGCUCUAUAAGUGGGCUCAGAUAAAGCCCAGCAGUAACCAGGUCAACCUGGCCUCCUGCUGCGUGAUGCCUCCGGACCUGACGGCGUUUGCUAAGGAGUUUGAUAUCCAGCUGCUGACGCACAAUGAUCCCAAAGAGCUGAUAUCUGCAGACACGUUUCAGGAGGCGGUGCGGGCGGGAGCGCAGGACCUAAACAUCGGUGACUGGAGGCUGGAGUGGGUCCUGCGCUACAACGUUAUUGUCAAGAGCAGGGGCAUCAUCAAGUCUAAGGGCUACCUUGUCAGUGCAAAGAAGACAAGCACCUAGCACCCAAACUAGAGCGAGAGAGAGCGGGAUGAAGCCAUUUUCCUCUGUUUUUAUUCACACACAUGCAAAGUUACAGCUCUGAAUAAUGGGUGCUGCCAAUCAUCAUGAAUCAUGAAGUCAUUGUUUAACUGUACGGACCGGUUGCAUCUUCCUCAUCUGUGAUUCAUGCGAUUAAAGACACGCGGGUGUUCAUUACCACUGUCUCCGUGAGAUCUAAAGUCGGACAUGAACGUGCAAAGAUCAACUCCACUGUCAGCUUUGAGAGAAAAGACUGAUAAAUUGAGAUUACCACAUGGUGACUCACCGUGACUAGUAAGGUAACGGAUCUGGUGUAAAUCAACGCACCAGAGGCCGCUUUAAAGGUGCUGCUCGUUAAACCUCCAUGACGAAGGUCUCUCAACCAUACUCUGAUAUGAAGUGCCUCACAUCUGCUCCUCCUGUUAUCAAGCCUGCUUUGUCUUCCCCGCAUCUGUGUGACUCAUGCUUUAAAUACCAGUCUGAAUGAAAUGAGUGCUAAAGCAAGAGAAGCGUUUAUAAAAGAAUAAUUUCAUACUCUGUGUGGAAAGGGGGAAAUUAUAACGUGUGGGGAGCGGGAUUUUUCAUACUAUAUAAUAUUUACAUUCCUUCGGUUAUAAAACCGUUAAUAUGUGUGUGACGGUUGGGUACUCGGGUGGUGGUAUGAUGGGAGUCUGAAUUAGACUUUAACCUGUAAAGCAGACAGACAUGUGAGCACAUAUAACUCUGUUCUGUUAUGCUCUUUUUUUUCAUUUCUUUUUUUUUAACCAUGUACUUUUUUUAAGAUGACAUCAAAAAUUUUACCCUCACCUCCCAAUCUUGCUCAUGAGAUUAAUCAGAGGGAGAGUAUUUUAAAAGUAAAUGACCUUUAAAUGUGUCGUUUAAAAGCACUGGAAUCUCCGUGCCGAGGAGAUGUGAAAAAGCUUUUGAGGAAUACGUUUGUAUUUGUGAAUCGCAGACAGGGUCCAGCAACUCCUCGGAAUUUAGUCGUACUGUAAAACAUGUUUAACAUUAAGUGUCUCCUGUAAGUAUAUCAUGAAUUGGGUGUUGAUAAAAUGAAGACCUGGAAUCGACGUUGGGGUGAGGGGUUUAAAAAGAUUGGGCUUGUGUAAAUGUUAAUGAAAUAAAAUGAUUAACACUGGUGAA